AUGAAGAGCUCCUUUAAGAUGAGCGAUCUUGGGUGCCUUAGCUACUACUUGGGCAUCGAAGUGAAGCAGGAACGUGGGCGCAUCACAUUGUGUCAAGCUGCGUACGCAGCAAAGCUACUGGAGAGAGCUGGGAUGAGCGGCUGCAACAGCACGCAGACGCCCAUGGAGACUCGCUUGAAACUGAGUAAGAAAAGCUCCAACCCACCCGUCGAUCCUACUUUAUUUCGAAGUAUUGUUGGAAGUCUACGCUACCUGGUACAUACCCGGCCAGAUAUCAGUUCUGCCGUUGGGUACGUGAGUCGAUUCAUGGAAAAACCGACCACGAAACACUUCAGCGCCGUCAAGCACCUGCUGCGCUACAUUGCGGGCAGGCUCCACUAUGGCAUCGUCUACACCAGGGACGACAACGACCUCAAGCUCCAAGGCUUCAGCGAUGCGGAUAUGGCAGGAGACGUGGAGGAUCGCAAGAGCACUACCAGCGUGUUGUUCUGUCUCGGCCGUGCACCAGUAACAUGGCAGUCACAGAAACAGCCCGUGGUUGCCCUCUCGUCGUGUGAAGCUGAAUACAUCGCAGCCUCGACAGCGGCGUGCCAAGGCAUCUGGUUGGGACGGCUGCUUGGCAGCUUCUACGGGCGAGCAGCCAGCGUCGCCAACAUCCACAUCGACAAUCAGUCGGCAAUUCAACUCUGCAAGAAUCCGGUCUUCCAUGGCUGGAGCAAACACAUUGACACGUGCUUCCACUACAUCCGGGAGUGUGUCGAGGGUGGCCGAGUUGCCAUCCACAAGAUUCACACCGACGAUCAGCUGGCGGACAUACUGACCAAACCACUUGGACGGGUGAGGUUUCAGCAUCUACGCUUGAAGAUCGGCGUCGUCGACAUCGGCAACAACUAG